AUGACAGAAAACCCCCACCAAAAGAAACCAGUACUCAUCGUAGGGGCAGGCCCGUCGGGCCUUCUCCUCGCCCUCCUGCUAUCACAGCGCGGCAUCCCUGUGCAGAUCCUCGAGGCCGAUGCGCACCUCGACGACCAGCCUCGGGCGGCCCACUACGGCUCUGCGGCGCUGCCAGACCUCGACCGCGCGGGCGUCCUGGGCGAAAUCAAGAAGCGCGGCAUCAUCAUCACCGACUUUGCCUUCCGCUACCCCGUGCCCGCAGGGUCGCCUGAGGACAAGGACGGGAGCGGGUUCGCGCAUAUCGCGACGCUGGACACGUCGUGCGUCCAGGACGUCGACGGCUUCGACUACCGCUCGCACUGCCUCGUCCUGCAGGACCUAGACGCCCUGAUGCUCGAGAUGCUGAUCGAUCGGCUCGGGGACGACGUGGUCCGCUGGCGCCACCGGGUCGUCGAUGUAGGCCAGGACGAGGAGCGCAAGGUGGCCUGGGUCGACGUGCGCACGCCCGAGGGCAGGAAGCGAGUCGAGGGCGACUACGUCGUUGGCUGCGACGGUGCUUCCAGCCAGGUGCGGAGGAGCCUGUUCGGACAGGAUUACCCGGGCUUCACGUGGGAGAAGCAGAUCGUGGCGACAAACACGUACUAUGAUUUUACCAAGUUCGGUUGGGGAGAUGUCAACAUGAUUAUCCACCCGGAAAACUUUUUUGCAAGUCACCCACCGAGAAGAAUCUUUGGGCAACACUGGCUGGGAAUAUGCUGGUUUCAACUAACAGCCACCGUUUGUGUUGUACAGAUGGCUGCCAAAAUGGACUCGGAUGGACUCUACCGUGUUACAUAUGGCGAAAAGCCCGGGUUGACGACGGAGCAAAUGCGAGCACGCCAAGCGGCUAGGUUUGAAGAGAUACUGCCCGGACACCCGAAACCGAGCGAGUACACAGUCGUAAAUUUCUCGCCUUAUAAAAUGCAUCAACGCUGCGCCCCAUCAUUUCGCGUCGGUCGCAUCCUCUUAGCCGCCGAUGCGGCUCACCUCUGUAAUCCAUGGGGAGGCCUGGGCAUCACCGGUGGCUUUGUCGACGUGGGCGGUUUGGCCGACUGUUUCAUAGGCAUAAACGAGGGACUUGCCGACGAGUCGAUCCUCGACCUGUACAGCGAGAAGCGACUGGAGAAGUGGAAGACGGUCACUGACCCGAUAUCCCAAGGCAACUUUCGCCGCAUCGGGCACACGGAGGACCCGUCCUCGCUGGGGCAGACGGACGAGUUCAUGCAGCUGUUGAAGAAGGCGGAGCUGGAUCCUCAGCUCGCCAAACCUCUUGCCAUGGGAAGCUUGGCUCUGAGAUACGACUUUACACAGCAUUACAGGCAAAAAGAUUCCGGCACAAGUACGAGUUGA